CAGCUCCUUCUGAGACCCCGGAAGUACUCGUCGGUUUUGGUGACGCUGCAUUAGACUGGAAGACAUGGACCGGCUUAGGGUAUUCGAGGGGUUCCUCUUGUGUCUGGCUCUCGCCGGAGUUCAGGCGCUCACACCAGCGCACCACCUCUCCCUGGCCGACGUGGCCCGGCUGCAGAACCUCCUGAGCCCGCAGUUCACCGACCUGGAGUCCGCCUACCACUCUGUGGUCGGGCUGACAAAGCUCGGAGCGGCUGUUCCUGAUCAUGAUCACGUUUGUCAGUUCCUGAAAUCCCAGCUUGAUCCCAUGAGCGUUGACUCGAUCUUCUUUGCUGCUGAGACCAGUCAGGCCAUUUCAGGAUGUGAGAUCCCGGUGUCCAAUGAAACCCGUGACAUCCUCCUGGCAGCAGUUAGUGAAGACUCCACCAUGACUCAGAUUCAUCGUGCUGUGAGUGCACUCAGCUCUUUGGGACUUCCCGUGGCCUCUCAGGAGGUGGUAGGUGCCCUGGCAGGUCGCAUCAACAAGGAGGACAAUGUUAUGGCCAUCACCUUAGCUCUGCAAACAGCCGCUCGCCUCUCCCAGCAGGCCGAACUCGGGGGAAUACUGGAGGAAAUUGAGGAUCUGACGGCUCGUUUGGAUGACCUCGGUGGAAUCUACCUCCAGUUUGAAGAGGGACUUGAGGCAACUGCCAUGUUUGUGACUGCUGCUUACUCCCUGUCAGAUCAUGUAGACAUGGAGCCCCCCCUCAAGGAGGAACAGGUCAUUCAGCUGGUGAAUUCCAUCUUCAGCAAGAAAUCCUGGGACUCUCUGGCCGAGGCUUUCAGCGUGGCGAGUGCCGCUGCUGCUCUUUCCAGCAACCGCUUCCAUGUGCCGGUCAUCGUCAGUGCUCAGGGCCCAGCCACAGUGUCCCACAGCCAGCCAACCCUGCAGCUCCUGGUUACUGAUGUCAUGUCUCAACCUCUGACUACAGCCAAUGUGCUGGUGGAAUCUGCGUACGCUGUGGCCUCCAAGAGUGUCAUACUCAGCCAAGCACCCUUCACCCUUAAUGAUGGCGUCUUUGAAUUGAACUUCAUGUCCACCCAGCCCGCCAGUGGAUAUUACCAGUUUACCAUUGCAGUAACUGGGGAUACCCGUCUGGUGGCCAAUCACGUCGAGCUGAAAGUAAAGGUGUCCACUGAGGUGGCCAUUACUAGCAUGGACCUCUCUGUGGUGGACAAGGACCAGAGCAUCGGCACAAAGACCGUCAGAGUGGACUAUCCCUCCAAAGCCAAGAGCUCAUUCGUCGCCGACGGCCACCAGAACUUUGCCAUGACCUUCCAGCUGGUUGACGUCAACACUGGAGUGGAGCUCACCCCUCACCAGACUUUUGUUCGACUUCACAAUCAGAAAACUGGCCAGGAGGUCAUUUUUGUGGCUGAACCCGACAGCAAGAACCUGUACAAGUUUGAGUUGGACACAGCGGAGCGGAAAUCUGAGUUUGACUCUAUCUCUGGAAUCUAUUCCCUCCAUCUCAUGGUUGGGGACGCAACCUUGGAGAAUCCCAUCUUGUGGAAUGUGGCUGAUGUUGUUCUGAAGUUUGUGGAUGAAGAAGCCCCAGCCGCUAUUCAGUCCAAGACCCUUUAUGUGCCCAAACCAGAGAUCCAGCACUUAUUCAGAGAACCAGAGAAGAAGCCUCCCACCGUGGUCUCAAACGCUUUCACCGCACUCGUCCUGUCUCCUUUACUGCUUCUGCUCAUCCUGUGGUUUAAGCUCGGAGCCAACAUCUCCAACUUCAGCUUCACUCCCAGCACCAUUCUGUUCCAUGUAGGACAUGCAGCCUUACUGGGCCUGAUGUACGUGUACUGGACCCACCUGAACAUGUUCCAGACCCUGAAGUACCUGGCGAUUAUUGGUGGCGUUACUUUCCUCGCAGGGAACCGCAUGCUGGCACAGAAGGCAGUGAAGAGAAUUGAGAAAAAAUAACUGCAAGUAAAAAUAAAAAAGAAGACACUGACGAAGAUAAUAUUUGAUUUCCAAGGAGUUGUUCAACAAAAUCAGACUUAAGAUGCGGCACAGCAGUCCAAUCACAAGUUAAAACAUGCAGUUUGUCUGUGUUGCCAAACAGAAGAAUUUGA